CAUUUUAAGUGUAUCAGUCGUCAUUUCACAUCGCUACAGUAGGACGGAGAACGUCAGGACUCUCUCUAUUUCAUCAUAUUUCUCUUACAACUGUGGUGGAGAAUUGCCUACUAUGAACUGAAACUCUUCCUAAAAAUCAAAUCAACAGUAGUAUCCUAGUGAAGUGACGCAUAAGCCAGUAGAUUCCAGUGUGUCGAAGUUGUAAUUUUUGUUGCACCUCAAUGUAGCUUAGAGGAAAAUGGCUGUGGAAAGCAUGACUGUCCAUCCAAACUCCCCAACUACCAACCACGAACACAACAGUCUCCUGACUGACGAAAGGCCAGAAGAUGGAGAGCUGGAGGAGGGCGAGCUGGAAGAUGAUGGGGGAGAAGUGGAGGAGGAAGAGGUUGGUGGAGGUACGUCCGUGGCAGCAGCAGCAGGAGGAGGAGGAGGUGGAGGCGGAGGAGGAGGAGGAGGAGGAGGAGGAGGAGGAGGAGGAGGCGGAGAUGGCGGUGAUGAAGCAGGCGGAGGAGGUGAAGCAGUAGGGGAAGGGGCCGCGGAGAGGCCUCAGCGUAGUAAGGAGCGCAGCAGCAAUUCGGAUGAAGAGAGAUCCCACCGUCGCAAGAGGAAGAGGAAGAAAGAGAGGGAGCGAGAACGGGAGAAGAGGAGGUCCAAGAAGAAACGCAAAUCCAAACACAAACGUCAUGCAUCCUCCGAUGACGAACACUCGGACUUCAGUGAUGACUCUGACUACAGUCCCAGUGAGAAGAGGAAGUACAGAGAGUACAGCCCUCAGUACCCCCCUCCUCCUCAUGGGGGCUACGGCGGCCCAAAGAAGGGCAGCUACAUGAAGAUGGACAAGCAGGGCUACGGAGGCUACGAUGACUUUGAAGAGGAAAACUUUGAGGGAGAGGAAGAGGAGGAAAUGGUGGAGGAAGACUAUGACGACUUCACCAAGGAGCUCAACCAGUACCGUAAGGCCAAGGAGGGAGGAGGCGGCCGCGGACGAGGGGGCAAAGGUCGCAUGAAGAACCUAAGAGGACGUGGAGGAAUGAGGGGAGGGAGGAGGGGAAGAGGAGGAAGCAGAGGAAGAGGAGGUCGAGGCGGAGGAGGAGGAGGAGGAUUAGGAGGAUUAGGAGGAGGAGGAGGAUUAGGAGGAGGAGGAGGAGGAGGAGGAAAGAUGGGAGGAGACAACGACGAUGGAGACGGCUAUGGAGAAGAGAUGGAGUAUGGAGAUGAUGACUAUGACAACAUGGGGGAUGAUGACUACGAUGAGUACUCUAAAGAACUCAAUCAGUACAAGAAGGGCAAAGACAGAGGCAGAGGGGGUAAAGGUGGCCGCGGGCGAGGGAGGGGUAAAGGAGGACGGGGUAUGCUCAGAGGAGGAAGGGGUCGAAACCGCGGGAGAGGAAGAGGCGACAUGGGCAACGAUGACGACAACAACGGGGACAUGGACAACGGGGACGGAGGUGGAGGAGGCGAUGGACCAGGACUCGGGAGGAGGAAUCAUAAUGAUAAGCACCAGGAUAAGAAAGGAAAGGCCAUCUGCAAGUACUACAUCGAGGGACGAUGCACCUGGGGGGACCACUGCAACUUCAGCCACGACAUUGAGCUGCCCAAGAAGAAGGAGCUGUGCAAGUUCUACAUCACCGGAUUUUGUGCCCGAGCCGACCACUGUCCUUACAUGCAUGGUGAAUUCCCCUGUAAGCUGUUCCACACCACGGGGAACUGUGUCAACGGCGACGAAUGCAUGUUCUCACAUGACGCCCUCAAUGAUGACACGCAGGACCUGCUCAACAAGAUGCUGGCAGAGGACGCAGAGGCCGGAGCUGAGGAUGAGAAGGAGGUGGAGGAGCUGAAGAAGCAGGGGAUCAACCCUCUCCCCAAACCCCCUCCUGGAGUCGGCCUCCUCCCCACUCCUCCUCGGCCUGUUCCUGUAGACACCAACACCGGGGGUGGGGAUUUCAGCGGGCCAUCGCCGGCUGAAUUUGGGGGUCUUUCUGGACCUAACCUAGUGCCCCUCGGCAACAAAGUUCCCUCAGGACAGGGGCCUGUUCCCGGGCCUAACCCGUGUGUUGGACCACCUCUCCAUCCUCCUGACGGAAGUCCCUUCCAAGGCGGGCCCCCAAAUCUCAGUUGCCCUCCUCCCCACAUGGGCCCCCCACCUCCUUGUGGUGGAGGUGGAGGUGGAGGCGGCGGGGGGAAGAAGAUCCCCUCAUUGUUUGAGAUUAAAGUUCAGCCGACGGGACAGCUGGCUCAUAAACUGGCCGUCAGGGGCCAGACUCCCAGUGGCAACCAGGGUCAGACUGCAGCACCUGGACCCCAAGGUCCCCCUGGUGGUCCUCCCCCCUGCUUCCCUACUCCUCCAGGCAUGAUGCCCCCCGACAUGCAGAACAUGGGCCCCAACCUCGGGAUGAACCAGGGGCCCCCCAACAUAGGCCCCGGCGGACCGCCCAUGAUGGGAGGAUUUGGUGACGGCCCUCCACAUGGAGGUCCUCAUCCUCCAGGUCCUCCUCCGAACUUCUUUAAUAACUUCUUCAAUCAGCAGGACAGUAUGAAGAUGGAGGGAGUGGUGCAAGAAGGUGACAACUACCAGGGUUUUGGUGGUAUGGAUGAGAGAGGAGGACCAGGGAAACAUGGAAACAAAUCAGGUGGCCAAGAAGGCUCUGCUAACGGAGCGUCAGCCAAACAGGGAGGGAUGUCUGUGCCUGACUUCCUGCCUCCGGCGCAGCGCGUCCUGUUCAUGAGGAUCCAACAGAAGCAGCAGGAAGAAGAAAGAGCUCGCCGGAUGGCCGAGGGAGGAUCAGAGAGGAGUAGAGACACUGAAGGUGACUCAGGGAACUGGUACUCCAGUGAGGAUGAGGAUGGUGGUGGUAGCGUGACCUCCAUCUUGAAGACGCUCCGUCAGCAGACCCAAGCUCCUCAAAAGCCUGACGGCCCCCUGGGCGACCCUCGUCUCCAGAAGGCCUCCCCUGCCCACGCUCCGGCUCGGCCGGCCGACCCCCGCUUGGCUCGGGACCCACGCCUGACGCGUGCUGGCGACUCGGCUCAACUCUCCGACCCCACCCACUCCAUGCCCGCUCUAACAGGACCGCCUGCAGACCCCAGGUUAGCCCGGCUCGCUGCUGCUGGCUCAGCGGGAUCCAGCUCCCACUCGCCUCCUGCUCUUAAACCAGAGCCUCCUCUGGUCUACAAGCCCCCACCGCUUACAACCCCGGCAGUGGAGGAGGAGGAGACGGAGCGGGCUCUACGGGACAAACCGGUGCCGAUUCCUCUGGACCCGCUCAUGGGUAUGGCUCUGAGAGACCCGCGCUCACAGCUGCAGCAGUUCAGCCACAUCAAGAAGGAUAUUGUUCUCCACAUGCCGGCCUUCGCCAAAACCAUCACCUGGUCGCCUGAGGAUCUCCUUCCUCUCCCCCUCCCCAAGCAGGACCUCCUUCCCCUCCCACCAGGCAUCCCUCCCGUCUCCUCCAUAGACCCACGUGUGGCCCGCGCUCAGCAGUCGCUCCAAACGUCGCUCCCUCACUCACAGCCUCCUCCCGUUCAGCCUCCUCCCUCCUCCUUGGACCCCCCUGGUCCCUCUUCCUCCUCCUCCUCCUCCCUCCCAGACUUUGAACUGCUGUCUCGUAUCCUGAAGACUGUCAACUCCAGCCCGUCCCAGACUCCCUCCCCUCCUCUCCUACCCUCCCCUGUUCCCCCUCUGUCGCUGCUGGGUCCUCCUCCCCCAAUGCCUCCCCCACCUGCAGAAAAGCCUCUUGACCCCCGUGUGUCCCGUAAAGGCCCCUUAGACCCCCGUCUCCAGCCCCAGAAGUCAGCACUGAAGCAACCAUCAGACCCUGUGCCCCCUCCUGUCCCCUCCACAUCUCCAGCAACAACAUCUAGCUCCUCUCCCCCCACCAUCGCCCCCUACGACCCAAGGCUGCUCUCCUCAGGGGGGGCAGGCCGCGGUGUGGGAGCCGGGGCACCAGGGGGCGCCAGUGUGCUGAGCACCAUUAGUCUCUAUGACCCUCGGACUAACAAACCAGGCAGCCCUGGUAUCAGCAGUGGCUCUAACAACUCCCCCAACUCAGCCAGCACAGAGUCCAAACCCAGUGACCCCCCGGCGGUUAAACCCAAGUCCAAGGAGCCCCUUUUUGUUCGGAAGUCUGCGUUGGAUCAACCAGAGCCGGAAAAAAGUGCAGAGCAAGGAACGGAUCGAUACAACAGCUAUAACAGGCCCCGGCCCAAACCUGCACCCUCGCCCAACUCCGCGGCGCAGGGAGGGCCCGCUGCAGCCGCCGCUGGAGGUCAGGGUGCUCCCGGAGCUGCUGGGGAUCAGGGGCCUGCCGGCGUCCACAACCUACCAGUGGCCACUUUGUUUGGCUCGGUGAAGCAGGCGGCCAAGCCCGGCGGCACGGGCAGCCCCUUUGGAGGCAACAGUCCGGUGCAGCCGGACCAGGCGACCACGGAGCAGGACAACGCCUCGCUGAAGGACGUUUUCAAAGGCUUUGACCCCACAGCCUCGCCCUUCUGCCAGUGACCCCCGACCACUGAACCCUAAAGCCCGUCACGUGGUCGCCCGUUGGCUUGUUUUAACAUUUUUUGGACACUGAACAGAUCGGUGAAACGGAGAAAGGAGACGCACCUAGGCGACUGCCUGUAGGACUGGUUAAGAAAACGAACUUUUGUGAACAAACACGACAUGUUUCAUCCACACACACACACACACACACACACACACACUUUAGCGCAGUGUUGCAGAUUCAGAUUCUAUAAAAGACUGUCGGGUUAUGGGGUCGGGUUUAAAGUUAAAUCUCUAUUUUAAACAAACUUAUUGAUGUAUAAAUAAAUGUAUUCUCUUCUUCUUGAUGCUUAAUGAAAGCAGUUAUUCAGAGAGCAGCAAAAACACAUUUAUAUGGAAGGAACAUUUUAGCUUCGCAUCUUUUUUUCAUUAAUCCUCUUCAUUUCAGUUCCUACAUUUUCUCCUCACCUCUAAACUCGUUGAUGUGCUUGUCUAUAUUUUUGGGCAGUCAAAGUUGACGGUGCUCUUCUCGGCAACAGAUGAAAAGACGGGAUACAUCUCAACAAAAUAUUGCUUAUUUGUGGUGUUUUUGUGAUUAAUUGAACGGCACUGAGGCAACUCCUUUAACACUGUUGCCCAUUAGAAACAACACUGCCUUUGCAUCUCUUUAACCCCUGAAAACUGUUUCAUUAUGACUCACCGUGUCACAUUUGCUGCAGAAACAAUUGCAAAUAUGUAAACUUAGAAUCUAUAUUCUGCUUUUUUUUUUAGUAUUUAUUUUCUCUGCACUGUCGGUUUGUGUUCUCGAGGGCUGUAUUAAUGUUUUUAAUGUCUCCUUCAGCUGUUCAUAUACUGUUGCAUUACCCAAAAAUAGGUAACUUUGCUGGUGCAGGAAGUGACUGCCUCUCUAACCACUACGCCACUGUUAUUUUUCCCUUCAGCAGUCCUGUUGCUUUGUUUUAUCUUCCUGUGAAAACGGAGAGCUCAUAAAUGACGGCUUCUGUAGCUUUAAGGUAGAAGAGCUGGAAAAGAUGGUUGUCCGACACUUAAUCUUCAUACUUUUUUCUCACCUUACUAAGAAUGGGACACUUUGAUUCACUGAUUCACCAUCUAGCCUUUAGCUUUUAGUUGUUUUGUUUUUAUUUUGUCAAGAAUGAAAAGAUUUCUGAGAGUGGUUGGUGAAUAAUUUGCAGCCUCACACAGCAUCAAUUUCUUUUGACUUUCCUGGCUGCUGACAGUGUGACAAUCAUAAACUAGACUUGGACCUAAAAUUUAAUGAAUGCAUGGAUUGUGCAUUGAUCUCUUGCAGGUGCUCCCUCUACUGUCAGUCUGUGGAAAGAAAACCAUUCAAAUGUCAGAUCUUAACACGACCUGUGUUGAUAAAACAGACUGAACACGGUUUUCUCUCUCAGGCUUGCAGCUGAAGAAGUGCACGCUUCAUGGUGGAAAUGUUAAUUUUGGGAUGGAUUAACAGUUCAGAUGUUUAAAGCUUCCCUUCAUAGUUCCUGCCCUUUACCAUAAACAGUUGUGCAGCAUCUGAAUCAGGGUGAGGAAGAGCAGUUGUUCCCAUUUUGCCUGAUUUUCAUUGUCAGGCCUGUCUGAAAAUCUUUAAACGUGGGGGUCACCGUCGAGGAGAAGUUUCUGACUUCCAGAAGGUGUCUGGAUCGACCGUCUUGUGUAUAAAUGUUGAUCAUUUUAAUUUAUUUUUUUAUACUCGGGUAAAUAUACUUCCUCACUUGACAUUUUUUGAACUGAAUCAUUUUAUAUAUCCGGAAUAUGUGAUUGCCGCUCACCUCAGUGGGACGUCGGCAGCCUGUAACCGUGUGAAGAGAGGAGAAAGAUGUAUUUUUUUAUUUGGUUUUGUGUGUAAAGAUUCAAACUAACAAAAGAUUCACUAUUGCUCCCUCCUGUCAGGACAAGAGAGAAAGCCUGUUAGGAGGCCGAGUGUCAGCGAUAGCAAGUUAUUGUUCUUUGUUGUUUUGUAAGUUUGUUUUCAGUUGUUUUGUUUUUUUCUGGCUAUGUAAAUUCGACCAGUAUCCUGUCUUUGGAGGAGUGGAGUUUUCUAACUGUACACUGUAGGUGAGGUUGUUAAAGUAUUUAAAUAAAGUUGAUACAUGAUCAACCAGUUAAAACUCUUA